AUGAGCAUGCGUCCGGCCGCUUCCUCCACUCCGACACCACCCACCAGCAGUCAUGCAAGCCCCAGUGUGUCGUCCAAGCUGGGCGUUGCCCUUUCUGGUGAAAGAAGGCUGCUUGUGUUGCUGAGACCGGAUUCGGAAGGCCACAGUGACAUGGAUUCCAAAAUUCAAACACAUUUUUAA